AUGCCGCCACCAUCUACCCCAAAUCCCCAUACCAUUGCACAACCAGAAGACGUAUUAUCUCUGUCAUCAUCAUCAUCAUCACCAAAUAUUUCUAGAUAUGAAGAGGCCAAUGCAUUAGAUUCAAUGCAACGCUUUAGAAAUGCUUCAAAUAAUGCUACCAGCACUACCCUGUUUUCAGGGUUGAAUUCAAUAAAUUUGGUUUCUGAUUAUAUGUAUCGAAAUCUUCAUGCUGAGUCCAAUGAACAUGUAAUAAAUGAACCAGAUGCACAUUUCCGUUCACGAAUACUUCGACAUUUCAGUGACAUGCAUAGAUUACAAAACCAUUUCAACGAACUAAUAAACGCACGGGAGCAAAGGAAUACAUUGGACCAUGAAUUAGCUGUAAACACAAUCCCAGUCCAAUUAAGGAAUUUGUCUAGGGAAUUGACACGAAAUGAAAAUAGAGAAGUAUAUUACAUAGAAACAACAGAUGAAGAUGAUCAGAGUUUCCAAGAAGAUGAUGACCCAAAUGUGAUCUAUUACUCUGACAAUCACGAUGAAUCUGAUGUCAUUGACGUUAACGACGACGAUGAUGAUGAUGAUGAGAGUGCACUUAGUGAUAAUGCUUCUACAACACUCAGACAGGACAUACAGAAUAACGAAAGGUUACUCGUGACUUCAGGACGAAAUAAUAGUGCUUUGUACCCAUAUAGAUCUUCCCUAUUAGGGACAAGUGCUCUUCCAUUGAGAAGACAGAAUGCCAUUCGAAUACGCCAACCACCAAAGAAGCAAGGAGAAGAACAUUCCAAAUCAACAAACAAAGAUGGAAACUUGAUUGCUGAAGUGCUUAAUGAGGAAGCGAAUGCAUUAGGAGCAGACAUUAGUAGGUUUUAUCAAGCAUUACAGUCCCUGGUAUGUUUUCAAGGUGAAUCUCCUUUAUUUGAGAAAAAUUAUCAUGACCACGGUGCCAACUUCAGGGAUUUGUAUCUAAUCAAUCUGUCCAGUAGAGCUAUGAUAACAGAACUUCGUCAACUGAAUUUAGAUCAACGCAUGGAUGCAUAUUUACUGAGUAGGAGAAAUCGUCUGCUUUGGCAGAAAUUCCCACUUCCCAUAGCUCCACCUCCUCCGGCUAUAGAGAAGAAGAGAUCACGAGGAACAGCAAAAAAGACUUUUAAAAGACAAAAAUUGAUUCAUAAUACUGAAGAUGAAAUUGCCAAAUAUAUUGAUGAUUCACCUUCUAGCCUUCCUAAAACCAGGUGUUCAUAUUCCAGAAUAGAAAAGGAAGCUAUUAUGAAUGGGUUGCCAAGCAGUUUGAUGGAGUCUGGUUCCAGUUAUUCUGUUGGCAUUUCUGCUGACCCGUUAUCCAGAUGUGAUGUGAAUUUCACUGACGUGAAUGAAAUUAUUCACGGAGUAUUCACUUUCACACCAGAAGAAAAGUCUCCUUUGUUGUCGGUACUAUUAAAGUUACACAAUUUUACCAAGUUUUUUUGUGGCUUUAAUGAUUAUUCUCAAAGUUUACCAAGAAGCAAAAUAUUAGUAAGAAAACUUAAUGUUUUGGAUAGAAUAUCAGUUGAUAACAAUGUACAUUUUAAUAAUUUGAAAACACGCGGAGUAAACAUCCCAUUUGAUGGUCAUUUGGUUGAUUUUAGAAACCAUGAUUUGCGGUUUUUGAGUUAUAAUUCCAAUGAAUCAUUUUCUUCUAGAUUCAAAACAAACAGGGUUAGAUUGCAGUUAUUGGAGUGGAUGAAGUUACAUCCUUUUAUUCAAUUUAAAGAAAAUUAUUUUUUGAGUUUUUUAAGAGAAGUAAAUGACAGUAUGAGUUAUGUUUGUGAGGCCAAAUUGAAAAAGUCAAAAAAAUCACAAGCACUAAAUACAGUAAAGGAUUUCAUUUCAAACUUGCAUGAAUUGACCAAGGAUUUUCUGUUUAGUAAAGAUACGAAAUUACCACUAAUUGAAGACCAAAAAAAACAAAAACUGUGCUCAAGGCGAUAUAAAGAUUUAUUUGUUGAUGAGUGGGAAAGGUAUUUAACUGGCAAAUUGUGUCAAAACAUAACUGCUAAAGAAUCAAACACUCUUAUUAACGUUCAAUUGAAUUUUAUUCUAUUUGUUUUGAAGGUGGAUUUAUCUAAAUUCUUGGAUAAUUUUAUGGACUUUAUUUUCCAACAUUGUGAUGAUAAUGAUUAUAUCAAUAAUUAUAGAAAGGUAUACCGGAAUAUUGUAUCUGAUGAAGAAAAAGAAUCAGAUAAUUACCGGGCAAUAUUGAUUUGUUCCAUUGAUAGAAAAACGGGAGCCAUAGAAAUACACAACACCCUCCCAUACUUGCAUUACAAAGAUCGGUCAAUCAAAAACGCCAACUUUAUAUUGUCUAGUGAUCAUAAUUUAUCAACAUAUUCUAGCAGAAACACCUACGUCUAUGAUGAUUUUGAAAUCUUUGAAGGUGAAAGUGUGCCGUUAAACUCGGGAACUUUUAAUACUGGCAUAAGUAUUGACAGUCUGAACGAAGCAGUGGUUGACCUGAAUUUAACAGGAAAAGUAAAGCUAGGAACACCAGUUUGCGACAUGGUCUAA